AUGGAGUUCUUCACCAAGGCAAAAGCCAUUAAGCUCCGCAGCCACCACGACCAGAGAAGGAAGCUCUGCAUCAUCGGAAGUGGCCCGACGGCGCACAACGCCGCAAUCUACGCCGCGCGAGCUGAGCUCCAGCCGGUUCUCUUCGAAGGAUGGAUGGCCAAUGGCGUCGCUCCCGGCGGCCAACUCACAACAACUACCAAUGUUGAGAACUUUCCCGAAUUUUCGGACGGUGUCUUUGGCUCUGAUCUCAUGGACCGCUGCCGCAGGCAGUCUCUCCGAUUCGGCACUGAGAUCAUCACUGAGACGGUUUCUAAGGUAGAUUUCUCAAAGCGUCCGUUUAGGAUUUUCACCGAUUCCAGAACCGUUUUAGCUGACGCCGUCAUUGUCGCCACUGGCGCCGUCGCGAGGCGUCUGUCCUUCAACGGCGCUGGCGAUGGUCCUGGCAGAUUCUGGAACUGCGGAAUAUCAGCGUGCGCGGUCUGUGAUAGAGCGGCGCCAAUGUUCCGGAACCGGUCGCUGGUGGUUAUUGGCGGUGGCGAUUCAGCCAUGGAGGAAGCUAAUUUCCUCACCAAAAUUGGUUUCAAAGUGUAUAUAAUCCAUAGAAGGGAUAAUUUUAGAGCUUCUAAGAUCAUGCAGGACAGGGUUUUGAAAAACCAUAAGGGAUGA